UUUGUUGGGGGGAAUCAGCGUAAAAUUUAAUUAGCUUUAAGUGUGUUGGUUGCGGUGGUUGUUCAGCCCGUUGUUGUUUGCUACGGUUUCGUAAUUUGUUGUUAAUUACUUUUUGCAGAGCGGCUUUUUAUUGGAAAUUAACGCCAGCAGGUUUUCAGGCUUUGUAUAUAUAUUCCUAUUUGUUUGUGGGUGAAUAGGGUGGUGGAGUGGUAGGGGUUUUCUCUACUUAAAUUGAAAUCAGCCAUAAAUAGGCAUUAAACUUGGUACAUAAUGAUUUUAAUGGCGGUUUUCUAUAUUAUGCUGAUUACUGUAAAUUUUCGGUUUCAAUUUGCCCGUUGUUAUCGAUUUCCCCCUUAUCUGUUUUAUUUUCAUUUUCGUUUUUUCUUUUUUUUUUUGUUUGUCUGUGUCUUUUUUCAAUUUGGCUGUGUUUGUGUGGAAUUCGAAAUAAAUUUAUCUAAUGACUCUGCCAUUAUUUGCCUUUUGGGCGCGCAUUUAUUUCAUGGCAAAUUCAAUGCGUUGAUUUAUGGGAUGUUUUCACAUUUGCAUAAUGUUAUUAAUUUGGCUCAGAGGUUGAAUGGCUUAAGACCUAAAGGAGGCGGCAAGAAUGGUUAUUUAGAUAUGCACUUUUCUUCAGAUUCAUUAAAGAACUUUAAUAAGAAAAAUGUUACCUAAUUUUAGGGAAAACUUUAACUUGAGUAUUUAUCGUUAAUUUCAUUUUCUAUGAAUUAUUUGUCAAAAAACUGUCAUUAAAUUCAAUUUGCAACUUAAAGUUGUAUUAAUUAAAAGAAGUUUUAUACAUUUUUAUAACCAAAUGAUAUGAAAUGAGUCCCUUGCCAACUGAUUGCGCCAAGGAAGCCACACCUGUUCAGGAGGUGAUUGAACGGACCCGGGAAAGUUUGAGUGAGAUCUUUACCAAGUACCGUCUUAAAUUGAGACAAGAGGCUUGUGAAGCGGCAGAGAAGGUUAGAAAUCGACACAGCUUUGGCCGCAUCAUCAGCAGACCAAGUUCUGAAUCUAUAAAAAAAGGAUAUGGUUUCUGCAAAACCUUCGCCUGCUCAGAGGUGGCCACUGGUGUCCUUCUAUUGAUGAUCCUGCUGCUGCUUUUAUUGGGACUUCACCUGGUCAGGAACUACAAUCACACUUUUGCUUACGGAUCAGGUGGUUGCCUGUCCACCUUUUUUUGGAACUACGAUGAAUGCUUAAUAAUGACCUAAGGUCGUCAAACUGUUCUAUUUUGAUAUUCCCCUUUAUAGCUGUUCAAUUGUUUGUGGCCAAUAAACUGCUGCCAAAACACAAAGUUCCAAUUCUGGGUCGAAGGUCACCAAUUUAACAUUGUCAAAGAGCUAACCACACAGACCAAAAUGUGGGGAAUACCCCUUGCACCUCUAGCUAAUUAGGCCGUUGGCAGUUUGUCGACUUUUUUUUUUCCCCGUCUAAGAGAGGGGAAAUGCCAAUCAUCAAGCUGUUUAAAUAAUAAAUCACUUUAAAAUUAGUUUGCCAACUUGGCCAAGUUGAGCGACAGCAAAUUAGUGAAAGUUAAUUAAAACUAUUUAAAUUGCAAAUUAUUUUAACGUUUUUCACACACACACACCGGCACACCAGGCGACCCGGAGACGUGUAAAAAGUUGGAAACGUAAUUCACGCAUACCAUUCAACAAAAAGAGGAACGUAUGAGCAUGUAUAUGUAUGUAUAUAUGUGUAUAUGUAUAUGUGACUUUUCACAAAAUGUUUAAAUGAGGGAAAUUAAAAAGGGGUACACGAGGGCUAACUGUGGAGUAUCUGCAAAAAAAUGUCAAGUUGCCGGGGAUGGAUGGGAAAGUCAACCGGUUGAGGCCAAAAAAGAAAAAUAAAAAAAAAGAGUAAGCGAACCCAAAGAGGGGGCGUUAGGGCGUGUACGUGUGGCGCAACAAUUUGCAUAUAAAAAGGGUUGUUAGACUUUAAAUAGCAGGCCUGGCCUAU